UACAUGAUUUUUAACUUGGUGUGUUGCUUUGUGUCCAUUAAACAAUGAAAAUGGCAUAUUACCAAUCAUGGUUUCCCCUCUGUAGGAAACACCCCAUCAUUGCUCCCAACAAUCCUUUUCAACCUUAGAAACCUGAGCUUCCAAGAUAUUCCAUUCUUCCAUUCUUUUCACUUUUUGGGUCCUCUUCUUCUCUCUCUCUCAAUUUAAAUAUCACUCUCCUCUCCCCUCCACCACGACUGGUAAAUAAAUGGAUCCCUCGUCCGUGAACGGCUUCUACUCGUUCCUGACGCUGGGAAUCGACGAUCUAGAGAGAGUGUUCCUGAGCACAAACUUCAUGUCAAUCCAAUUCCUCCAAAGAGUAGUCUCUGUUCUAAGAUCGUUCCACACCCAAUUGACCCUCCUGGUCCAGAAACUCCAGCUCCCAGUGGGCGACAAGUGGCUGGACGAGUACAUGGACGAAAGCUCCAAACUCUGGGACGCCUGCCACCUCAUCAAGUCCGGCAUUUCGGCCAUGGAUAGCUACUACUCCGCCGCCCUCAACAUCACCUCCUCCCUCGACUCCCAUCGCCACAUCACCCCCCAAGUCUCUCGCCAGGUAAUAAGGGCCAUUGCCGGGUGCCGUCGGGAGGCGGUGGGGCUGGAGGAGGAGAACAGGGCGCUGAUGGAGGCGCGGAUUGAGGCCUUGUCGCUUCGGUUCCAAGAGAGGCUGUCCAUCGAGUCCAAGCUGAACGGCUUCAACGGCUUCAGAGGGGUGCUGUACGCAAUGAGGAACGUGAGUUCGUUGCUGCUCAUGGUACUUCUGUACGGACUCGUGUACUGCUAUGGGGACUCCUCGGACUUCGUGUUGGGCGGUUGCGGGUACGAGGGGUGCCUGUUCCUGGGAUCGGCGUUCAUGAUGUCGACGGCCAGGUUGCAGCAGCGGGUGGCGGCGGAGAUCGGGCACAUGGGCGGCUCGCCGGGGAUGCUUCUGCACGAGUUUCGGAGGUCGAAGGUGGCCAUGGAGGAGCUGAGAGGGGAGUUAGAGAGAAGAGGGUCAGGGUCUCAGGGAGUGGAGUGGGAGAGUGAGGUUGCUAUUAGAGAGAGAGUGGAGAAUCUCAGAACGUGUUUUGGGGUUCUCAGAUCUGGGGCAGACAACAUUGUUGCUCAGCUUGAUGAUUUCUUUGACGAGAUUGUGGAAGGGAGGAAGAGGCUUUUGGACUUUUGCAGUCAUAGGUGACUCAGCCAAUUCAAAAUGAAAUAGGUGUCUUGGCUGCCUACAAAAAAUAGAAACAAAGACAAGGUAGAAGAAUAGUUGAUGGGGUUGUUGUACCUUUUAUUAACCCUUUCUUUAAUUAUUAUUAUUGUUAUUAUCACUUGGUGUCUCUCUUUUUUUGGUUUUCCACAGUUUACCACUACCAAGCCUUUUUCUUCCCUGCAGAAGCAUGGUUCUCUCGAAUUGAAUGUGGUUCUGGGUUUGAAAGCAACAUUGACAAUGGAUUAAUGAAUGAAAUGAAAUUACCUUCUUGCAUGAGAGCUAAGUUAAACUAAGUUCUUUGGGAAAGAAAGAAACUUCGAUUCUUCCUCUAAUUGCAGCCAGGGAAGAAAAGGACAAAAGUGUACAAGAAAAGUUAAAAAGGAACUUAUGACUGCACACAGUGUGACAGUGUGUAUGCUAUGGGGGGUUAAUUUUAAAUUGGUUUUCUUUGGAAGUGAUUGAUUAUUAUUUAUUCUCUUUAUUAAGAAUGAAUUUGAAAGGAGUUUUGGUUGGCA